CAAAAAUCAGCGAUGAAGAUUUGUUAUUUUUAACAAGAUACCUCUAAGUUAAACAUGGAAGGAGAAUACUGGAAUCAUUUUAGUUCUGACAAGACAAAGAAUACAGCAUUUCCCAGCUAACUUGUAAUGGCACCUUUCUGAGCUUCAUCACUUGUCAUGCGUCCCUCUGGGAACAUGGAUGCUGGCUUUACUCGGUCCGCUGUUCAGACCCUGUCCAGAAGCCACUGCAAAAACAUCAAACAAAAGAUUUCCCAGUGGGAAGGAAGAGCUAACGGUGAAACUAAGCCAGCCAAGCUUCACCCCAAGGACUUUGGAGUGCGGUAUAAUUACUGCCACCAAGAGAGUCCUUCUCAUAAGUGCCCCACUGGUGAGGAAAGGAGCCAGUCUCAGAAUGGGUGUUUACCUAGGAAUGCAGACGCCAAAAGCCGUGAUCAAAGUGAGGAUGAGAGCGAGCGGCAAGAGUGUAAAGAUGCGCACCCCUCAGAAACCGAGCCAGACUCCAGCUGGGUGUGUGCUCGGGUCAAACAGAUUGAACGCUGGCAAGCUGUCUCUGGGAAGGGUCCAGAGACUUCCUUACCUCCAGGAAACUUGUAUACCUCACAGAUACUGUGGAAAAGCAUAGAGACGCUUCCUCCAGAUAAAGUCUUAAAUUUGGCUUUAGUUCCUUGUGACUCUACAGAAAAAGAACCAGAUUUCAGAGUUCUGGAUAGUUCUUAUGGAAUAACCAAGAGCUUGGAAAAUAUUUAUUGUGAGCCAGAGGGGCAGGAAUGUGGACCCUCUAUAAAUCCUCUGCCCAAACCCCGCAGGACAUUCAGAUAUGUAUCUGAAUCUGGUGGCGUGCCAUAUAAAGAAAGAAACUGUGACCAAAAGUACUGUGAAAAUAAUUCCUGUGCGGAGUCUUCUUUGGCCUCUUCUCAGGAACCCGAACCAAAGAAAUAUGGUGGGAAGAUCAGAGGGAGAUCCAAAAGGAAAUCUUUUGAAUUUGAAGAUAUUCAGCACUUUCGGAACUCACGGAAGAUUCAUGAGGAACUUGGAAGAAAUGCUGGCUCUGCACUUUACUACACACAGUCUGAGGACAAUAUCUAUGAGGAUAUCAUAUAUCCAGCCAAGGAAAACCCCUAUGAAGAUAUUCCAGUGCAGUCGUUCCCCAUUUGGAGAUCCCCUUCGGCGUGGAGGCUGCCACCUGCUAAGAGCGCCUUCAGAGCUCCCAAGCUUCCUCCCAAACCCCAGCUCCUUCAGCGGAAGACAAUGGAACUGAAGAACUCUCAAGCAUAUUUGCGGUCCAAACUCACGAAGGAUACCACUUUGCCUGUCACCUUAACUGAAUGGAAACUUUUCCGAGCUGGAGAAGUGGCUCACAGGAAGAAGAGAAAUCUCCCGCGGCUUGUUUUGAAAAUAAAUGAUACAUUUGAAUCUAAGAGAGGGAAGAAGAGGGUAAAGUUACAGCCUUACACUGGAAAAGAAGCCCCCUCCUCAAAAGGUGAAACCAGCGGGAACGAGAGUGAUGCUGAGUACCUGCCAAAGAAUCGCCAUAAGCGCUUGGCGCAGCUGCAGCAGUCUUCCAAGAGGAACCCCCACUACCAGACCUUGGAACGGGACCUCAUUGAGCUGCAGGAACAGCAGCUUUUUGAGCUCUUCGUUGUGGUUUCUCUGCAGAAGAAGCCAUCAGGGACAAGCUACGUUCCCAAGGUCAUACAGCAGUUCCCGAGCAAGGGUGAUCAUGGCUAUAAGCAAUCCAGAGACACUGAAGAGAGGCUCAAAGUCAUCCCCAAAUUUUGUUUUCCUGAUUCAGAGGAGUGGGCACCAACCUCAGAACUCAGGAGUGAAACAUUCUCCUUUGUGUUGACUGGUGAAGAUGGAAGUCGAUGGUUUGGUUACUGUAAGAAGCUUCUGCCACAAGGACGAGGGAAGCGGCUGCCUGAGGUCUACUGCAUGGUUAGUCGCUUGGGCUGCUUCAAUCUUUUCUCAAAGAUUCUGGACGAAGUAGAGAAGAGAAGAGAAAUGUCCCCAGCCCUUGUUUACCCGUUCAUGCGAAGUGUCAUGGAAGCCCCUUUCCCAGCUCCUGGCCGUACCAUCACAGUGAAGAGCUACCUUCCUGGGGCUGGAGAUGGGUCGAUUGAGCUCUGCCGACCACUUGAUUCACGACUGGAACAUGUGGAUUUUGAGUGUCUUUUCACAUGCUUGAGCGUGCGUCACCUCAUCCGGGUCUGUGCCUCUCUCCUUUUAGAGCGGAGGGUAAUCUUUGUUGCCAACAGCCUAAGCACCCUGUCAAAAUGUGGCCACGCAGUGGUAGCUACGCUGUAUCCAUUCACCUGGCAGCACACCUACAUCCCAGUGUUGCCAGCAUCCAUGAUUGACAUCGUGUGCUCGCCUACUCCAUUCCUUAUUGGCAUCUUGUCUUGUUCCUUACCCCAGCUCCAGGACCUUCCCAUUGAAGAGGUGCUGAUAGUUGAUCUCUGUGCAGACAAGUUCCUACAGGAGGUGUCUGACGAGGAUGAAAUUAUGCCACCUAAACUUCAAGCUGCCUUGGUGCAGAUUUUAGAAGAUCGAGAUGAAGUCUUGGCUCAGGAGCAGCAGUUCUCACAAGAUGUGACACUCAAUUCUCUGGUGUCUGAAGCAUUUGUCAGGUUUUUUGUGGAGCUUGUGGGGCAUUAUUCUCUGAAUAUGACUGUCACAGAGCGUGGGGAGCGCAUGUUCCAAAGAGAGCCAUUCCGGAAGUCCCAUACUUCCCGAAGUGUCCGCCACUUUCUAGAUCUCUUCAUGGAGACACAGAUGUUUGCAGGAUUUGUCCAGGACCGGGAGCUUCGGCAAAGUGGAGUUAAAGGUUUGUUUGAAGUCCGGGCUCUCCAGUAUUUGGAAACGAUUCCUGAGUCGGAACCCAGUGGAGUGAAUAGAAUUUUGCGGAGUCUUGGAAGCAAAAUGCGAUUUCUUCACAAGAAGUGACAUCUUGUUUUCAUUCUAAACAUAACUGAAAGUGCCAAAGACAGUAUUGUCCCAAGGAUCUAGAUGCCUUGAGGCAUAUACAAAGCCCUGGAGGUUGUAAAGGAGGAAGACGUUGGAGGACUCUCCUGUUGCUGCAGACCAACCGGGCGGAGUCUGGAACCCACGUACCCUCUUCUCCUUCUGAUGUGGGGACUUUUUGUUUGUUUGGUUGGUUUUUUUGUAUUUUUGAAACAGGGUCUCUAUGUAGCUCUGACUGUGCUGGAACUCACAAUACAGACCAGACUGGCCUCAAACUCACAGAGAUCCGCCUGCCUCUGCCUCCCGAGUGCUGGGAUUACAGGUGUGUGUCAUCAUGCCUGGCCAGGUUGUUUUUACUGUGGUGUCUUCUUGGUUACUGGUGGGUACAAGAAGCUGUACAGUGUGCUUAGUCUAUGAAAGUGGUUGUCUUUUAUGAGAAAAAGAUUCACAAAUACUUAGUGUUGCUUUAAAAAAAAAAAGCAAAGAUGUGAAUGAGGAGAGAAAUGCGGGGUUUCGGUACUAGAGAGGCUCUGUAGAAAUGCACACAGUUCCCACCACUGAAGCAUUAGAUUGCUUUAAAUCCAUAUGGUCACCAUUUAUAACCCCAUUUUGUCCCAUGUCCUAUCUUUGAGAAUGUCACUUAUGUUAAAAACCUUAAAAAGGCAGACACCGUGCAGGCCCUUCUCAGAACACGCGUCCUGCUGGAAUAGCUUGCCUCUCACAUGUCAGCAUUUUGCUUUGUGGAAGACAGCCGGUGUCUAAGAACAUCACUCUCUGCUUGUUGAGUUUUGGUGUCCACAGUCUGCUGCAGUGUUGAUCUACAUAGACCAUCGGAUUCAAGCUUUAGAUCAACUUCAUGAUAUUUUACUAGAAACGAGUUCAGAGAGGCUAGUUUUACACGAUAGAACUAAGCCAGAACAUUUGAUUUACAAACACAGAGAAGGCUGCUUAGUCCUGCAGAUGGAAAUGAACGAUGUUUAAACUUCUCUGUGGAAUACACAAGAGCCACCUCUUGGCUCCGAUGAGAUUCAAGCUGUGGGUGUCUGGGCGAGGCUGUCUGUUCCUUUGUUUGCCUUUCUUGUGCUACUGGGCAUAGAACCCAGAGCCAAAAGUGUUACUUUUACAUUGUUGUGAGUUUUCAUUCUGAUUAGA